GUUUUAUAGUGGAACACGUGGAUCUACAAUCAGAAAUUAUCAUUUUUUUUAUUUCAAAGAAAGAAAGAAAUGGAUUCAAUUUUUAAACUAAAUAAACAAAUUGAAAAUCGAAUACAACAACUGGAAGAAUUAUCAUCCAAUCAUAUUGUUGAGAAUUAUGUCGAUAAUCAAACAAUAACCGGAGAUUCUUCAAAUGUUGAAAGAGACGUGCAAAAUCUUCGUACGGAAAAUUUGAAGUUACGUUAUCAAUUAGACAUUCUUAAAGCUGCUAUUGAAAAGUUGCAAUCCGAUCAUCCAGAUUUACCCGUGGUCAAACGUGUAUCAUCGAAUCGAGCAACUAUGAUUAGUAUUCUGAAAGAGCUGGAACGUAUUUUUUCGAAUGCAUUUCAAAAAGCUUUUCCCACAUUGACGAAUGUUGGUGUAGAAUUUACACGAAGUGAAUAUGCUGAUUUUCAAUGUAACAAUGCAUUGAAAUUGACAAAAUUAUCCAAAAAGAAAAGUCCAAUUGAAAUAGCCAAGAUGAUAAUUGUUUCGUUGGAACCGAAUGAUAUCAUUGAAAAUGUUACCGUUUCUGGGCCUGGUUUCAUCAAUAUAACCAUUAGUGGAAAAUUUCUUUGCAGUGAAAUUUUAAACAUUAUCACCAAUGACGUUCACAUUAACCUUUCCGAUAACAAUGACAAAAGGCCGAUUAUCGUUGAUUAUAGCUCCCCAAAUAUUGCCAAAGAGAUGCAUGUUGGUCAUCUUCGUUCAACAAUCAUUGGCGAUAGUGUUGCUCGCCUGCUGGAAUUUGUCGGUUUCAAUGUUUUACGAAUAAAUCAUAUCGGUGAUUGGGGAACCCAAUUCGGCAUGUUGCUGACACAUUUGAUGGAUACAUUUCCAGAUUUCGAGACUAAACCACCACCAAUCGAAGAUUUACAAACUUUUUAUAAACAAUCGAAAAAACGUUUUGACGAAGAGGAAGAAUUUAAAAAGCGAGCACUAGAGACGACUGUUCGAUUACAAUCAAAAGAUCCGCUACUCAUUCAGACAUGGAAUUUGAUUUGUGAUAUUUCACGUAAAGAAUUCGCUGAAAUUUAUCAAAUAUUGAAUAUAAGUAAAGAAUUGAUGGAACGUGGUGAAUCAUUUUAUCAAGAGCGAAUGAUCGAUGUCGUACAAGAUCUGACUGAACGUGGAUUCCUGGUGGAAGAAGAUGGACGUAAAGUUUUCUAUCCGAAAAAUAGUAACGUACCUCCAUUGACCAUAGUUAAAUCGGAUGGUGGUUUCACCUACGAUACAUCCGAUAUGGCUGCCAUUCGACAACGUACAAAGGAAGAGAAUGCCUCUCGUAUUAUCUAUACGACCGAUUCCGGACAAGCUGUGCAUUUUAAAUCAUUUUUUGAUUGUGCUCAAAUAUGUGGCUAUUACGAUACGAAAAAAACUCGUCUCGAUCAUCUUACGUUUGGUGUGGUGCUUGGUGAAGAUCGAAAACGAUUUAAAACACGUUCUGGUGAAACGGUUAAACUUAAAGAUCUUAUCAAUGAAGGUUUAGAACGCUCGAUGCAGAAAUUAUUGGAAAAAGAACGUGAUAAAGUUUUGACGAAAGAAGAACUGGCCAUCGCUCAGAAAGCCGUUGCAAUUGGCUGCAUUAAAUAUGCUGAUCUUUCUCAUGAUCGUAAUAAUGAUUACAUCUUUAGUUUUGAUCGUAUGUUAGACGACAAAGGUAAUACGGCCGUUUACCUUCUCUAUACAAUCACACGAAUCCGUUCGAUCAUAAGGAAUUGUAAUCUGGAUCGACAAAUCAAAGAUAUUGGCAAUGAAUUCCGACACAAUUCCUUGUUUCAGUUGGAUCACCAGAAAGAGAUCAAAUUGGCUAAAUUUAUUCUCAAUUUCCCGGAUAUUAUCAUUCAAAUUGUUGAUAAUUUAUAUCUACAUCUUUUAUGUCGUUAUCUAUUCGAUUUAUCGGUCAUUUUUACUGAAUUCUAUGAUCAAUGUUAUGUUAUCGAAAAAAUUGGCAGUACGACAAAGAUUAAUCUGAAUCGUGUAAUUCUAUGUGAAGCUACUGUAAAAAUUAUGGAAACUGGUCUAGACAUUUUGGGUAUAGAAACUGUAGAAAAGAUGAAAACUGAAAAAGAUGAAUUGGAAACAAAAAUUACCACACUCAACAAUGGUUUAAGGGUGGCAUCACAGAAUAAAUUUGGUCAAUUCUGUACAGUUGGUGCUGUCAUUGAUUCAGGUUCUCGAUAUGAAAGAAAUCAUGUGAAUGGAAUAUCACAUUUUAUCGAAAAAUUGGCGUUCAAUUCGACCAUCGAUUUUGAUAGCAAAGAUUCAAUAAUGAAAGUGUUGGAAAAAUAUGGUGGCAUUUGUGAUUGUCAAGGUUCACGUGAUACAUUAAUCUAUGCUGCCAGUGUACAUUCGAAAGGAUUAGAAUCGGUUAUGCAUCUAAUAUCUGAAGCUGUAUUGCGGCCACGAUUUACCGAUAUGGAAAUGGAAUUCGCUCGUCGAAUGAUUCAAUUUGAAUUGCAAGAUUUAGAUAUGAGACCGGAUCUGGAGCCAAUAUUACAUGAAAUGAUUCAUACUGCUGCUUAUAGAGGAAAUACUUUGGGUCUCAAUCGGUUAUGUAGCCAAGAAAAUGUCAACAUUAUCCAGAGAGAUGAUCUAUUUAAUUAUAUUAAUCUUUAUCAUCGCCCCGAAAGAAUGGUGGUUGCCGGUGUUGGUGUUGACCAUGAACGUUUGGUUGAAUUGGCAGAAAAAUUUUUUGUCGAACGUAAACCUAUAUGGGAAUCUGAACAGAUGAUUUCGUCACAAUUGAAUCGUAGCCUUGAAAUUGAUGAUUCUAUAUCACAAUAUACGGGUGGUGUUAAUGCUGUCACUAAAGAUCUUUCCGAUAUUAGUCUUGGUCCAACAUCGAUGCCUGAAUUGGCACAUUUCGUCAUUGGAUUAGAAUCGGUUUCACAUCAAGAUCUGGAUAAUUUUGUUCCAAUUUGUGUGCUAAAUCUACUAAUGGGUGGCGGUGGUUCAUUUUCAGCCGGUGGCCCUGGUAAAGGAAUGUAUACUCGUCUUUAUACUCGUGUGUUGAAUCUUUAUCAUUGGAUGUUCAGUGCAACCGCAUUGAAUCAUUCAUAUCAGGAUAGUGGUCUAUUCUGCAUUCAUGCUUCGGCACAUCCUAAUCAACUACGUGAAUUGGUAAAUGUAAUUCUGUCAGAAAUUGUUGCAAUUACCAAUGGCAUUACCCGUGAUGAAUUGAAACGAGCAAAAAAUCAGCUGAAAUCAAUGUUGUUAAUGAAUUUAGAAGCACGGCCAGUAAUGUUUGAAGAUAUUGGCCGACAAGUUUUAUCCAGUGGUGAAAGGCGACAACCACAAUUCUAUAUUGAUCGUAUCGAUAGAGUCACCGAAGAUGAUCUGGUUCGUGUAGCUAGAGAUAUGUUAAAAACUCGUGCUUCGAUCACGAAUCGAAUUAAUAAUCACAGUAAUAGGAAUUUCAAGAAUAAAGCCAUUAUCAUAUUGAACAAUCAAUUACGGCAAUUGUUGAAAAAACCAAAUGAUCAUUUUAGUGUUGGUUUGGUAGAUGAAUCGAAUGUAUUUCUAUGGGAAGUAAUAAUCGUUGGACCACGUGAUACAUUAUAUGAAGGUGGUUUAUUUAAAGCACGGCUACAGUUUCCAUCAAAUUAUCCGGAUUCACCACCAAAGAUGCGUUUUCUAUCCGAAAUGUGGCAUCCAAAUAUAUCGAAAUCAGGGGAUGUUUGUAUAUCGAUUCUACAGAAUCCAAAUACACAAACAUAUGGUUAUGAAGAACAUCUGCAACGAUGGGCACCAGUACAUUCUGUCGAAACAAUCGUCAUGUCGGUCAUUUCAAUGCUAAGUGACCCGAAUGUCGAUUCACCGGCCAAUGUUGAUGCGGCUAUACAGAUGCGUAAUAAUCGUGAUGAAUAUGAAAAACAAGUUCGUCUUUACACACAGAAAACGUUGGAAUGAGCUUAUGUGUUGGGUUGUUUGUGUGAUUUCAACUUUUUCGAAUGAAUAAAAGUUGGAUGACAACAACAAACAUCAUUGUUUCUUUUCUUUUCUUUUUUUUUAUUUAACAAUUGUUUUGAAUGCCUUGUGUUUUCAUUGUCCACUCACAUAAUUUUUUCCAUUUCAUCAUCAAUAAUUCAACAAUGAUUAUUGUUAUUUUGUUAUUGAUGUCUGUUCAAUUGAUGAAUAAUUGAGGUAGAUGUGAACAUUCGAAACUUUUCCAUUUUGUUGCCGACAUUUUUUUACGUCAAUCAAAAUUGAUAAUAAAAUAUUUUUUUGCUUCAAAAAG